AUGAUGGAGCUGUACGAUUCGGCACGGUAUGGGUCGGUUUUCGGAAACAUAUUCCUCUCGACCGAGGCGUCCGAUCCGGGUGAUGGCGGCGCAGGACCAGCAGGACAGAAAAAGGACUCGAAAGCAGCACUGCUGCUGGAACCGACACUGGAUCGGUAUGAGGUUGCGGCGAAUGCUUCGCGAUUUGCGGUUUAUCAUGCGGUCCGGUCGAUUGUGCUGGAACGGGAAACGACAACCCGCGGGACGCCAUCCAUGAGGAUAAUCGAUACGGCGCUGGAUGAACCAAAAUCGAUUGGCAGCAGCAGCGCCCCGGCGGGUGCGGUCUCUCGCGUACCGCAGAUUGUACUUGCCGGGCUCGACAGUCUGUAUGGAAUAAUCGCCGAAACGCGCCACAGUCAGCCACGGAUUGCUACAAAGGCGUUACGGUCGCUGUACGACAUACUGCAGGGUCAAGUUCCAGAAGGAAUGCGCCACGAACCAGACGCCGUGUUUGGUCCGCUCUUCGAUCUAUUGCUGGAGCUAGCCACCUCUACUAGUCCGUCGUCGAACGCUCCCGGUGCCUGGUCAUCGCUGGCCUGCUCAACGCUACUGUCGCUGGCCAUUGCCAAAGGCGAUACGGGCCGUAUUGUGCGUGCCGUGGCUGCCAUCCUAAUGAGUUCGGCCCACGGGUCAGCUACGGGUGGUUCGUUCAAUGCUAGUGGAACCGGUGCGCCCGGCAGUGGCUGCGUGCAGAUGCCUCAGAGUGUCGCGAAGCUUCAGCGUACGGUAUUUUCCAUGGCUACUGGAAGGGCUACAAUUGCGGACUACUUUCGCUGUGGCAUUCCCCGAGGUUGUUUGAUUGGAGAGUUCCGACUGCCCUUGGAAUCAUCCACCGUUUAUUCGGUGGCGUCGGAUGGAAAAUUUCUGUAUCUUGUCACCGCGAAGGGUGUGCUCAAGAUCGGUUCCGGAUUCAGUGGCACACAGGAGGGCUUAAUUUAUGGUGCAGUAACGAUAGCAAUGACCAAAAAUGAGCUUCCCGGUUGGAUCGGUUAUGCUGGGGGCAAGCUGUAUUAUGGGCGAAUCAACAAGGGAAACGUGAACAAUGGAUGGACAUUCCAGUUGUACGAUCCGACAACCCUGACCGCCCUUGGUACGGUUCAAACGGCACCAAUUCCGACUCUACAGCGGCGGUUUGGGCAACUGUUCUCCGAUGGAGACGCCAUCUGUUGGCUCGGUGCCGUAUCCGAUUCUCUACGCGACGGACCGGAGGUGGAGGAUCAAGAGGAGGACAUUCUGGUCGUGAAACAACUGUAUCCCCCAGCGCCGAGCGCCCAGCCCGGUUCCAUUCCUGGUGCAUCGGACGUUCGGCCGGAGUUGCGCCUAAAGUUGGCCAAAAAUCGUUACCAUACCUAUGGUUGGGCCGCGUUUGAGGAGGAGUUGGGUGAGAACAGUGCCAACGUCGGUGCAGGGGGUGCUGGUGUCGGGCCUCACUCAACAACCGUCGUUUCGCCGCCCAUCCUCGAUGGUGGUAAUUCCCAGCAAGGUGGAUCCAUCCAAUCGAUCUCCUGUGGCAAAGAGUUCGGGCUGGUACUGGUCGAGGAUGGAUCGGUCAGUGGUGGGAAAGUGUUCUACUGGGGACGAAGCACCGCGCUGGGAUUGAAACUGUCCGUCAACAUGGCCGGAGCAUCCGGCUGUGUCAUGGGAGCACCCAAAGCGACCGUCACGAUGAAGCUAACUGAACUGACGGCGCUUCCGAAGGGCAUUAGCUACUUUCGGCAGGUGGCCGUUGGUCACGAAGCGAACCACGGUCUACUGUUGACCAACGAUGGGACGGUAUACUUCACCGGAACGGCCAAACGGGGCGAAGAUGGCGAACUGGCCAAAACCAAUCGCCGGCAACCGAAGGCGAUCAAACCGAAGCGUCUCAACAAACUGGAUGGUCACACGGUUACAUUUGUUGCUUGUAACAAUGGAACAUCGGCAUUUGUCACGAAAGAGGGCAAACUGAUUAUGUAUGGCAAGGACACAAACUACUGUGAACCGAACGGUGUCGUUGGUGGAUUGGCAGAUGUCGUUAUCCGAAAGGUGGCCCUCGGAAAGGCACACUGUGUUGCGGUCGACGCACUUGGACAGCUGUAUACCUUUGGCCUCAACAACAAGGGCCAGUGUGGGCGCAAGUUCCAACGAGAACGGAAUGCCGAUGAAACAAUAGCUGCGAAUAAUCCGUCGACCAAUCCGUCGGUCAUCACCAAUGGCCAACCCUCAAGUGUGCCCUCGUCUAACAGUUCCACGUGCAACACAUGUCACGCUGUUACUUUGGCACCGAACACUUUGGAGCAUCCGGCAACCGCAACACCAGCGGCAACAAAAUGUGGCUGCGGUUGUGGAUGCUGCUGUCACUGUGGUGGCAACGGAACCGGAAACGCUAGCACCGUAGCCCCUCUCUCGUCCAACGAUGCCGAUACACCGCGCAUCGUUCCCGUUCCGCCGCAGCGCGUUGAUCUACCGCACAGCGGACCGGACUCUCGACGAGCCCCGAUCGUGACGCAAAUCGCUUGUGGCCAACACCAUUCCCUGGUUCUAACAUCAAGCGGGGAGGUGUUCAGCUUCGGGAGCAACCAGUACGGCCAGCUGGGAACGGGCGAUCUGCAGGCACCGGCUGGUGGACGGCCGCAUCUGAUACGCUUCCCAUCGGGAGCCGGCACGGCCGUGUCAGUUGCUGCCGGUAGUAACCACUCGGUGGUGUUGAGCAGUCGAGGUGCGGUAUUCACGUUCGGGAACUACCACAAGGGCCAGCUGGGCCGGGAGGCCCCGGAUAUCGGCAUCGGCGGCGAAAAUAGUAACUUCUUUUGGCACUGUGCUCCCAUGGUGAUCGAUUCGUUUGGGCCCGGAACUGGCCGGCGGGCAUCGUGGAUUGCGGCCAGCGGUGACCAGACGUACAUUAAGGUGGAGGAAUCGCUCAUCAAUGGUGCAGCGCUGGCAAAGUACAGUGUCACUGCAGAUCGUUCGACCAUUUUGCUUAUACCUAGCAAUCAAGCGCAUCUGGCCGGAUCGAUAGCGAUUGAUCGCCGCACUGGUCAUUGCCGUGCGCAUCGUACGAAUCAGUUUGAUGCGCGGGUUGAGCUACAUGGACCCCAACCGGUGCUGAAAGAGGUGUAUCGUCGCGCCCGCUGGCACUUUUCCUUCACGCUCGACCCACUGUUCAAUGUGCUCUGGGGCUACGAUGCCAUCCGGAAGCGGAUGCUCAUCUUCAAUCCGAUUGCUGCCGAGCUUGGCGAUCGGAACGAGGGUGGUGUAUCGGCGCGAUUCGGACUAUCGGCCACGGAGCCACUGACAGUGUUGAGCCCUGAAAUAGCGCUUCCUCAACGUUGGCAGGGCUGUGAGGUUCCUCGCUUUCAGCUGGCCUUAAAUCUGCUCGCCUGUUUGGAUGUACUGACUGAGGCAACGGAGCGUCUCGGGGCCAGUGGUCAGUGGCCACCAUUCGAACCGGGUUCACUCGACGGUGGGCCAUCCGCAGCGAACGCUUCACCGCUCGAUGGGAAUGUCAACGUAAAUGCUUCCGAGUGGUUCACGGGAACACGUGGUGUGUUCUGCGGUAGUAGCAGUGGCCGUCAGGUGAAGCUUUGCGAUGUCCCCGGUGAUGACGAGCCACAGGAAGAGGAGCUUCCCGAGCAGUCGAACCAGCGCUCGGCACUGCUAACGCCAACGUUCGGGUCAAGCAGCAUCGAUGAGGAACCGUCGGCCAUCGGUGGAGUGCCAUCGAACCGUUGGAACUUGCCACCUUCCGAGGUUGGUGGAGUGCAUGUUGGUGAGGGAAGGUUCCCAUUCCGUUCCGGGCGCUCGAAAACACCGGCCAGUGGAGCCCUGAACGCGGGCGUACAAUACCGACGCAAGAAAUCGUCGCUACAGUCGGGAGGAUCAAGUGCCGCCGGGAGUACUGGUGGGGCUGGGGGCAUGCAAAGCAGUUCCAAUGUGGACGAGAGUGUUGUUUCGCUCUGUCCCAUAUCACGUCGUUUCGCGACGGGCAUUAAUCGUGAGACGCUCGAGUCACUCACGGAACUGCUGGGCUGGGCGUGGAACGCGUUCCGCAAUUUGUCGGGGGAUCAGAAGAAAGGCUCUAGAAACUCCGGGUCCCUCAAUCCAGGGUUGACGGCGAAUGGUGUCGGUCUUUUUGGCGAAGCAAAGCUUAUCGUUCGGCUUUCGUUCAUCUGCCGGGCGUGUCUGCGCUUGUUGCGCCGCUAUCUGAACGCUAUCUACCAUCCGACGGGAUCACGGGGUACGGCAGAUGAGCUGGAUGGCUGCAGUGAUGGUCAUUCGGUCGAUGAUCCACUCCGAUCGAGCGAUCUUGCGGCGGCACCAUCGUUCGGUUCACAACACCACGCCACAACCUACUCUCCGAUGUCCUCCUCGGCAUUCCAGUUACCGACGGCGGCCACCACCAAUCACCAGUCGCUGGCCGUUGCCGUCAUCGAGAUUCGGACACUGUUGAUCGAUAUUUUGGCCGACAGAGGAGCGACCGCUGCUCCGCUGGUUGAUCGGUCGAUGCGCCGGCGCAUUGGGCGCGCGAAGCGUGAAGUGUUGGCCGAGUGCCACCGUACGUUUGUGCGAUGUUUCGACAUCUUCUACCCUACGCCACCGCUCAAGUGGGAAAUCCUGUGUCGGCGGUUGUUGCUUCUUGGCGGUGGCUCCCCCGGGGGCCGUCUACUGCUCAGUGCCAUCCUUGCGGGUCUUUGCCAACCGUCCGUGAAUUUGCGGGUCACGUUUUCGAUCCUUUCCGCCACACCGUCGUCGUCGUCGGUGUCCUCGAGACCCGCUUCGGGGUCGUCCGGUGCAAUGAUAGCGAUCGCUCGCAAUCGCGACCUGUUGGCCAGCUUGAUCGAGCAGAUGACGAGCGGUGGGACGACGGGGUCGGUAGAAGGAUCGGUCGGCACUACGGCGGCUCAACCGCAUCUUCCCGAUUGGCACUUCCGUGAUGUGCUUGAACUGUUACUGGAACUGGUGUCGGAUCCGGUGCGGCGUAAGUUGGACCGCAUUGGUCGGCAUCGUCGGCGCGGUAGUAGCAGCAGUGGCAACAGCAGCAACAGCAACACCAGCAGUGACAGUAGCUGCCGCAGUAGCGAAGGGGUCGAAUACGACUACGAGCUCGAUUGCGAAGACGAUGGGGCCGAUGCUGAAGGUCGUACCGAAGUUUCCGGGGACGGUGACGCACCGUUGCAUGGGGGCUAUCGGUAUGGUGGUGAUCAAGCGUGUGACAGUGACGCCGAUGAGGAUGAUAGCGAGCAUGAUGAGGACGAACAGCAGCUGCAGCAACAGGACGAUGACGAGCAGAGUCAGGAGCGGCUGCUGAUCCGUAACGGGUGCCGAUUGUUGGCCAAACUUUUGUCGGAAAUAAUCCACCACGGAUGCGACCCGAUCGAACAACAACGGGCCGGCAGCAAUCGACUGUACAGCACCGGCAGCCGCUUCGGGAAGAUCGAUCUGGGAAAAACGUGGAACACGGGCAACUUUGGACCGGAUGCGAUCGCGUUUACGGUCGAUCGUGGCGGUAUUUCGAUCGCUGGUGCCUGUGUUUACUCUGGGUCCGGUAGCUACGAGUAUCAGUUGGAGCUAUUGUACGACAGCCAUCACUCCACGCAUGCCCACUCGUACUCUCAUUCGCAUCGCUGGGAGGUGCUGGAAUCGAUCGUUGGAUCGUACGAUCAGACCGCUGUCCGGCAGCAUGUGGCCGAGUUGCGGUUCAACCGGGCGGUACUGCUCAAGGAAAACCAUCGCUACGCACUGCGCCUCUGCAGCCAGGGUGCCCGUACACUCUCCGGCGAUUGUGGCCAAUCGUCGCUGCGGGGUCCGUGCGGAUCGGUUACGUUCCGGUUCUAUCCGUGCGAUCUAAGUUUCAACGGGACAACGCCGGCCCGGGGCCAGAUACCGGCCAUCCUUUACUACAGCACGCCCGGUGGCGCUGGUGGUCCGGGAAGCUUUCAGCUUGGCGGGGCAGCGGCACCGGUUGUCGGUGGAGGACGCGGUGAGCUGGGUAACGGUCGAACUCAGGCUCGCGAUCUGGCACUCGAAGUGGCUCGUGCCAUCGUUGGCCGGUGCCGAGAGCUGCUGACUGUGGCCCACGAGCUGGCCCUUUGGACAUCGGCUUCGGGCGGUGGUCUGCGAGCUCCGUCAUCGACGGAGACGUCCUCGACGCCGUCCUCAUCUGCAUCGUCCGGUGUCGUCGGGAUAGUCGGAGGAGGAGGUGUCCUCGGUGGGCCCGCCGCCGCCAGUAGCGGUGGAGGCGUAGCGAUCGAUUCCGAGCACAACAUAACGCCGAUCGAGGAGCACCUCGAUGUUGGAAGCAUUUCAACGACCACCGGGCUGGUGAGCGUGAUUGCGUCGAAUGCGGCCACAACGACGAUCGAACGUACCCGACGUACGAUCGGGAAGGUGCUACCGAAGGGGCUGCUUGAAACGCUGCGUGGUAGCAGUGCCACUGGGCCCGGAACGGCAGCUUCGCCGUACGAUCCGUAUGAAAUCGACAGUGCCUCGGAAGCGACUCCGGCCGUAGCGGGCUCCGGUCCCGUUCAGGUUGGUCCCGGUGGUGUUAGUGGAAUGCUGGCGAAUGGAAACGAAAUGGAGCUUCCCGCCAGCGGUGCAGGUGUGGUGAUGGCCGCACCAAUACGUAAGCGUACCGUUUGGGAUCUGUUCCGAUCGCGGACGACCCGCUGUCCGUCGGUGGUCAACUGCCUCUUCCGCUAUUUGCUUCCCCUAACGUUGGCCCAACUCGAACGGUGUAUUCGCAUGGAUCUGAAGGUGGCCGUGGAGGUGCUCUCGAUGGUCCAGGAAAUCUUGCCACCCAUUACCGCUCUUAACGAGUUGCGCCGUCAGCAGCAGCAGCAGCAGGGUAUCUCCUCUUCGGGCCACCCUACGGCCUUGAAGACAAUGUCCAGUAUCGGUGCGACGACCAUCACAUCGUCCGCUACCAGCACCAACACCACAAGUCAGCACUACUGCAUCUUGGAGAGCGACCACCCAUACCGAACGGCUGGGAUCACGGCGUAUCGGGUCCGCUUCCCAUCCACCGUGCGCUGGAUGUGUCUGUCGUUCGACGCUCAGUGCGGCACCGUGCAGGAAGAGGAUCGUGUCAAGGUGAAAAUUCCGAACCGUGGACUGGAGCGCGACAAAGAUGGAUCGCCGUCCUCUUGCGUUGACGAUUGGGUGACGGUGCGGAUGUACAACACACCGUCCCGCUGGUCUUACGGUGGCCCCGGCCGGUCGAUGGUCCUGCCUGGCCGUGAGGUGGAAAUAUCACUCGAAUCAUGUUCUACGUACGUCGCGGAACCAAAGCACCCGGCGUACGGUUUCCGGUGUCUCGUGAUUGGCUACGAAAACGUUGAUCAACCGCAGCAGCAACAGCCGGUGAUGCUACACACUGAACACCAGCAUCCUGUCACGGCCGGUGGCACUCUGAUCGCGUUGGAACAAGAGCUGGCUCAUCUGGGCGGACGGUGCAGUCGAAAUUUGCUGCGCAAGGAGCUUCGUUUCGACGAUGAUCCCGACGAUCGAUUGACGGAACCGGAAGUGGCCACCCUGGAGCGUUACGGUGGCUCCCUACUCGCCAAAGGACUGAUGGUGCCGGACGCGAUGCUCACCAUCCGGAACGCGCUCGAUUGCCAUCUGCCAGUGCUUGAAAAAAAUUACGAGAAACAAUUCCUGCGGGACUUUAUCUACGUGGCCGCCGGCUCACCGGGAGCGCGGCUCGCCGCAUGGUUGCAGCCCGAGUCACGGUUGGAUCCGAGUCGGUGUGAAAUUAAAAUUAUCUCCCCCCAAAGUCCACCGUUGCGCGCCGGAUGGCCAUCACACUUUCGGCUCGAAACACGGGACCAGUACGGGGAGGAGAUCUUCGUACCCGGCAUUAAGGUAAGGUUUUAUGGGGGGCCCUUGAAAACGACUGUGUCUCAUGUCCACAACAUUCUCUCCCAAAAGAUCGAAGUAAAGGCGUCGCUUCGGCGUGACACAUCUGUGAGCGCACUGACCCCGAAAGUGUCCCCGGGAACACCCACCACGGCCGCCCCACCAACCAUACCGUACGAACCGACGUACAAGGAAAAGGAGAAAAGUUGUCUGCAGGCAAUCAGCGCGAUGCGCCCGUAUCACGGCUAUUCGUUCGAGGAGCUGCGCCUGUACGCCAACAUGAGCAGCGCGAGCCCCUCGACGGCCGCCACCACCGAAAUACUGACGGCCAACGAUCUGGGUAAAAAUAAGUACGGCUUCGUGUGGACGCCGAUGGUGGCGGGCGCCUACGAGCUGACGCUGCAGAUCGACGGCGUGCCGGUCGUGGUGGAGGACGAGGAGGAAAUCUAUCGGCUCGAGGUGAUUGAUGCUGGUGGCGCUGCCGGUGCCGGCGGUGCCCCGGGCGGCGUUGGACAGGGCCUGAAGAAGGUGCAUCCGCCGACGAAGUUGCGGAAGUUCUUGGCCAAGAACUCGGCCGGCUUGCGCGUGCGGCUGCACCCGACGCUGCAGUCCGAGCAGAUUGGCGUGGUGCGUCCGAACGGCAUCGUGGCGUACGGCGAUGAGCUCGAGAACGAUGACGGAGUUUGGGUGCGCUUGACGGCGGAAUCGAUUCGCGAGCACUGUCCGGCUUCGUGGUUCCCGGUCGAGGCUUGGUGUCUGCAGUACAAUCAGCACCUCGGCAAAACACUGCUGCAUCCGAUCGUGGACCCGUGCUCGACCAAGGCGCUGUUGGAGCACACGGCGGCCAAGGAGGAACCGGCCGUGGCCGUAGCCGACGAAGCGGAAGACAUCGAGGCCGACGACUGCGAGGUAGAAGACGAGGACGGCGAGGAGAACGAGAACACCAUCAACUACGGUGACUUCCGGAAGGUGGCAUCGGCCGCCCUGUCGGAGGUGGUCGGUGGUGGAGCCAAGGCACUGCAAAAGUGGUUCCACCGCACCGGAACCGAUGGCACCGGGACAAUGCUAGACGAGCAGCCUUCAUCGAAACCGGUUCUUCUGCCGGCGACGCCACUGAACCAACCACAAUCCGUGGCCCAGCAGCAGCAGCAGCAGCAGGAGCAGCAAUCUUCGCAGCACCUUCCCAAGCGGGCCCUCUCGCCGUCGGUGGCCGAGACGUUGCGUGCCGUGUUUGCGGCCUUCCUCUGGCACGAAGGGCUCGUCCACGACGCGAUGGCCUGUGCGUCGUUUUUGAAGUUCCACCCGACCAUUUCGAAGACGGCCGGCAUAGGGCCGCUGGCGAGCGCCAAUGGGUCACUGGGGAUCGGUGGAAGCCAACCGGCACCGGAACCGACGACCGUGCUGACCCGUGAACAGAAGGUCCUGCAGCGCCACUCCGUUGAACUGUCGAAUGCCACGCUGGACGCGCUGGAACGGAGCGGCAAUCGGUGCAUCAUCAACCGACGCCAUCGCGGAGGUCCGUUCUCGUUCGUGGAGGCUGCCGGAGCCGGGGGCUCGUCGGGAGCGGGACCGGGCGCGGGAUCGUCCGCAGUUCCACCGGUGGCGUUGCGUUGUCUGGUGCACCUUUGGGACCAGCUGGGCUCCAACUUUGUUCAGCUGGUCGAAACCAACUCGAACGAUAAGCGUAACGAUGGGCCAGGGUCCAAAAGAGUUUCCACCGACGAUGGCGGGCCCCGGAUCAACGGGGGCCGGUGGAACUGGUGCACUGGUGGCCAGCAAGAGUGGAGUGACACUGGCGGCGAGUGCGGCCACAGGAGCCGGUCCGACGGAAGUUACUGUGAGCUGUGCCGCACCGUACUACACUCGAUUCCGGUGACGUACCAUAUGAGGCUGGCACACCCCGGUUGUGGAAGGCCGGCCGGUGGCCAAGGCUACAACUCGAACGGUGUGUACUGCGAAGGAUGGGCCGGCGAUUGCGGAGACGGUGGUCAUGGCGUCUCAAGCUGGUAUCUGCUGUGCGAUGGAUGUCGCAAACGGUACGAGGGCACCACGCCGGUGUCACUGCCUGUUCCGGCCCUCGGAAUGGGCCCUGACCAUCGUCGUACCACCGAGCCACCCCGAUCGACGCUUCCUUCGGAGCUGUUUGCCAUGAUGAAGGAGAAUGCGUUCUUUCUGCUCGACCUCGCACCCGUUGAACAAUCCGCAUCCGGUGGUGGUGGCGGUGGCGUCAGUGCUACGUCAGCUGCGGGUGGCGGUGCCGAAGGGUCACUAACGGAGGGUGCCGAUGCUUCGGAAUGGCCAACACCACCGGAGCGUCCCGCAUGCCUGGGAACGUUCAUGGACACGGUGGAUAUGGCCGGCCAAGCAACGACAACGACGGCGGCACCAUCUUCGGCAGCCCGAUUUCCGACGGACCAUGGGUUCCUCGGAAUGCCGGGCGGAAAGUUUCACCGGAGCGUUUCGAUGGGUCAGGGAGCCGUCGGUCCGUCGGUGGUCCUAAGACGCCGCCACCGGCGGGACGAUGAACGAUCGGAGGCGAAUCUCCUGAACCAUCCAUCGGAGAACUUGCGACGAUUGGUUCCACUCGACGGAACUCCCUAUCAUGGCCCGGUGGCAGCGAGUGAUGGCACCGUUGGACUCCUGGGACGUCCGGCGAUGGUUUUCAUCCUCGAACGGCACAAUCUGGAGCGGAUGCGCCGACUGCUCAUCCGUCAACUGCGCCGUUCCCUGUGCCAUCGGUACAGCCUGCAAGCGUUCAAUUGGCUGCUACGACAGCUGACGGAACCGAUCGGACUGCACGACGUAAUGUGGUGGUUCGUCUCAGCCCUGACCGCCUCCGAUGCCGAUACCAGCGAUCCCGGCGACGUUGAGGCGGAACUCGGUGGCCUAGAGCAUCCGGCCAGCACCUGCGAGGGUCACCUGGGCCGUGGUAUUUCCCGGGCACUGCACGCCUACCUUUCGACGGUGUCGGAACUGACGCUCCACUUCCCGCUCGGUUCCCCGUUGCAACGGAUUGCGGUCCAGUGCUUCGGGUUGCGGUUCGUACCGUCCGAUCAUCAGUUCCUGCACCGGGUCAACGUGUUCGGAAACAUUUCACGCAUCCUGUCGAAAUCGGAAGAGGAAGAAGAGCGGGCACUCGAAGCACAGUCGAUCGUCCGUGGUCCCGGACUGCUCAGCUACCCCGCCGAUGAUGGGGCCAUCGAUGUUACGCUGUUUCAGGACGUUACCGAUGCAUAUGAGCUUACCGUUUCGUCACGCCCGGCCUUGGCGCCUGCCCUGCUGGACAACUCCACGGAAACGUUCUGGGAAAGCGACGAAGAGGAUCGUGGGAAGCCGAAAACGAUCGAAGUGGUUCCUGGUGGGCGCGCCGGUGGUGCCGGUUCCGGGUGUCAUCUCACCUUGAUAGCGAUCCACGUGGACAACAGCCGGGACGUAGCGUGCAAAGUGACGUCCCUUCUACUGUACGGUGGAUCAUCAAGCAACAGUCCUGCGGCCGGAGGCGAACUGUCCCUGUUGCGCACGAUCGAUAUCGAUCCGGCUGCCUGCGCUUGGCAAGCGAUUCCCGUCUCAAGCGCUGGAGUCGCAGGCCCUUCCGCAGGACACUACCGACUGGAGGUGCGCGGUCCUGACGCAACGCUCCGUAUUAGACAGGUGAAGCUGUACGGGACACGGGCCGACAAUCUGACCACCUCCGAGGCACAGUCACAUGGGCCCUCACCGAGCCCACGGCAGGUACAGUCGCGUCUCUGUGAGCAGGAGACGUUGCGCGUGUUUCGACUCCUCACGGGCCAAGUGUUUGGAAAGCUGCUCGAGGAAACUUCUACCCUGCUGGGCAGCAAUGGAACCACCAAUGGGACCGGUGCUCCGGCCGGCAACGGUGCAGCGAGUGAGGUCGGCGGUGGCCCGGAGCUGUCCCCGUUGCCUUCGCUCUCCGAAUCGAUUCACGACCUGCGCGAACAUGCCGUCGGGAUACUGUUUAGUCGGCGCAAGUUGAGCCACCUGCAGAAGCAGAUCAUCGUCCACGUGGUGCAAGCGAUCGAGCGGGAAACGGUGAAGGCCCGCGAUGCUUGGGAAGCGGCCCUGAACGAGGACACCAGUGGCGGGGUGACCACGAUCUACAACGAUGCGUACUGCUUCGAAAUGCUCAGCAUGGUCCUUGCGCUGUCCGGUAGUUCCGUCGGGCGUACGUAUCUCUCGCAGCAGCACCACCUGCUGAAGGACCUUCUCUCGUUGGCACACACCGGCAGUGACCGUGUGCAGCGUCAGGUGAUGGCCCUCAUUCGACGCAUUCUCCCGGAGCUGCCCUCCGAUACGCAUCUAACGGAGACCGGUGCAAGUAACCCAUCGAGCGAUUCGGACUCCGAGGCCCUGCUGGACGUGUUGCUGGCCCUGAUCGCGAAAUCACUGCAAGUGCAGGUGAAGGUGAAGAACGGAGCCAACGGCCAACAUCAGGCGGCGCCUCAGAAUGUGCCACCUUCCGCGGCGGCCCCUGCCGUGGUGAGUUUGGCCAAUGUCACACCGUUCUCACCGUCGCAGCCAACGGGCAAUGGCAGCAAUCGGCUCCAGCAGCGCUACCGUUGGUAUCUGCGUGGUUCGAUCGCCGCCAAACAGGCGGAGAGUAUUAUUGCCCUCGUGCGGGACAUGGCCAGCGGCAAGCUGUCGGAACGGUGGGCAACCGUUAGCCGUGCGGCGGUGGCCAGCUGUUUGCUGAGUGUUACCCAGCUCGAUGAGGACUUUCGGCGGAGUGCCGAUGCUUGCAUUCGGACCGCCACGCUCUGGUUAGCCAUGGCUGCACUUUGUGUGAUCGACAAGGAGCAGAUCGAACGAUUGUCCACCAAUCAGUGGCACCGCCAGUCGGAAUCGAACCGGCCGCUUUGUAGCAACCACGACGAUGAUGUGACGUUCGCCGUCCUCAACUGUGCCCUCUGUGGAUCGCUCUGUGCCGAUUGCGAUCGAGUGCUGCACCUGAAUCGACGCACCAGGAACCAUCACCGUACGGUCUGCAAGGAGGAACAGGAUGCGAUCCGCGUGGAGCUACACGAAAGCUGCGGCCGGGCGAAACUGUACUGGCUGUGGGCGGUCGUGGAUUCGCGGACUCUCAAGGGAAUGCUUGAGUUUCGUGGCCACGAUCCGAGUGCCAGCUGUGCACCCAUCCCCGUGACGGCUACCGGGGUCGGGGUUUGUCGGUUUUGUGGUACCACCGGCAGCAGCGGGCUGCUGGCGCUCGGGAACAUCUGUCCCGAUGCGCAGUGUCAGGAGUAUGGGGCCGUUUCGUGUACCAAGGUCCACUCGCGGUGUGGCCAUGCGUGCGGUGGAAUCAUCAACGAGUUGCACUGUCUGCCCUGCCUGGUACCCAACUGUCAGUCGGAUUGCACGGUGGAACCGGGUGUGCCGCGGUUAACGCAAGACGGUGAGGACAUGUGCAUGAUCUGUUUCACCGAAACGCUCGGCACGGCGCCAUCACUGCAGCUGCGCUGUGGACACGUGUUCCACUAUCACUGCUGCAAGACGGUGCUAAUGCGUCGCUGGAAUGGACCUCGCAUUAGCUUCGGAUUUGCGCAGUGCCCCAUUUGCAAGGUCGACAUCGAGCACCCGUCGUUGGAACUGUUUCUGGCCCCGAUCGUUGCCCUGCGUCAGGACGUCAAGCGCAAAGCGUUGAUGAGAUUAGAGUACGAAGGGUUGGCGAAAGCGGUCACGGCCGACGGUACGGAUCCGACGCGGUACGCCAUGGAGCGCUAUGCGUACUACGUCUGCAGUCAGUGUGGAAAGGCCUAUUAUGGCGGUGAAGCGCGGUGCGACGCGGAGCUGGGCGAGAAUUUUAACCCGCAGGAGCUGGUGUGCGGUGGGUGCAGCGAUGUGUCGAAGGCAAAGAUGUGCCCCAAGCACGGGAUGGACUUCCUGGAGUACAAGUGUCGGUACUGCUGCUCGGUGGCCGUCUUUUUCUGUUUCGGCACGACCCAUUUCUGCGACACGUGUCACGAUGACUUCCAACGGCUCACGAACCUGCCGAAGGGGAAGCUGCCCCGCUGUCCGGCCGGACCGAAAGCGUCGCAGCUGACGGGCGAAGAGUGUCCGCUGCACGUCGUCCAUCCGCCGACGGGCGAAGAGUUUGCGCUCGGCUGUGGCAUCUGUCGCAAUGCGCAAACUUUCUAAGCGACAACAGGGAACAUUGGUGAGCAUUUCCCAACCCGAAUGGUGGCGGCUUAGAAUUCUGAUGGACUCAUAUGAAUGUCUAAUCGGAAUGUAGUGUCCUCUCUAAUAUCGUCUCAACCGUCGUAAUAACAGCAUGUAGAACUGUCCGCUGAUAAAAGUGUGCGCGAAAUAGUCUAAAGAGGUGAAAUCACUUACCCAAAACAGCUGCCAACUUA